AGCUGCCGCGUUCAGUGUUCAAUAAUUCCUUCUCUCUUUUUUUGUGUGCCCCAUCCCUGCUUCCUGGCGAGUAUUCGCACAGAUCAUGUGAUCCCGACGUUCGCGUGUCGAAAACAAGGAAUGGCACGUUUUGGAGACUCGUUGCAUUGGUAUUGAUUCGUGUUUUGUACAGAAUCUUUGACGUAAACGUGAACCGUUAAACGCCUAGGUCACGACGGCUCGUCAUCGUCAAUAUGUGGCAUCAAACGUAUGUCGCUGUUCACAUCUGUUGUGUCCAACGCGCUGCGUCGUGCACGUCUAUGUGCUGUCGUCUGCAGCAUGAGCCGAGGUAGUCGACCUCGUCUUCGAUACUCUUGUGGCGGACAGGGACCGUACAGGUGAUCAAGAUGGCAAAAUCGUCCAUACCCAGCACUCCUGAUAAAAGCCGUUUCUUGAAGUGUCUAUUUUGCACCAAUCAAUUUUCUUUAGGUGAACGAAAACCAUGGUUUUUAAAGUGCUGUUUGAACACAGUUUGCUCAAAAUGUGCACAGAAACUGUAUGUUAGCGACAGUGGCUGUGUAGAAUGUCCAAUCUGUCGAAAGAAAGUCACUAUUCAAGAGGCGCCACUAGAAAAUGCUAACAACGGCCUAAAUAUAUCCAGCAGAAGUACAUCAGCUAAUGAAGACGUUUCGGUGGAUGAGAUGCAAGCAGAACCCCAUGUGAAUGGUACGAAAACAAUUCCCGUCAUUGAGAACGGAAUUCAUUCUGCUACAGCUCCCAAAAGCGAAAAUGGAAAACAAGAAAGCCCAAGACAACCUAGAAAGACAUGCAACUCUAGAUCCAGGAUACCAAGUUCAGUGUCGAGUAGAUCUAGCACAGGCAGCAAAAGCCCAGCGUCCAGUUUAGAUAGACUGAGAAAGCACCGCAAAUCAUCGAUUAGAAAUGAUAGUGAAAGUGAUGUUACUAGUGUGGAUGUUGAUGACGUUGAACUGUCGCUGAAUUCGAGUUAUGACAACGAAUCUUGUUUCAGCUGGAGUGACACUCGCAGUACGAUAUCAUCUGUGUCUGCGUCACUGCCACUGGACCCUAUCAGAGUGAAGACCAUAGAAUACAAUAAGGUGCAAAGAGACAACCCUAUUCCGUGCAAAGAGUGCCCUUUGUCUCACAGUUCGUCAUGGCGGUGUGAAAACUGCUGUCUGUUUCUAUGUAACGAAUGUCAAGCUAAUCACAAAAGAGACGUCAAAACCAAAAGACAUACUGUGGUUCCAUUUGACGUUUUGAAGUCGAGACCAAUAAAGCUUUUCAAUCACAACCAUUUUUGUGAAGAGCAUCCAUUUUCCAGAUUGACUCUGUUCUGCUGCACCUGUAAUGUCGUGAUUUGCAGCACGUGUACCAGAAACAGCCAUGAACGGAAAACUCACACAGUUACAACUGUUCAGGAAGCAUUUAGUUCCAGGGUAAAAAUUGCAAGUCAGUUGCUUGCUGACGCUAAGGUGAAAAUAAAAAACAUAUCUCAGCGAUCAAGCAGACUGAAACAGAAAAACGAAUGUUCCAUGGUGUCUAUUGAUUGUGCUGAGCAGAUGAUCAUUUCUACGUUUGAUGCUCUCUCAGACGCCAUCCAGCAAAGGAAAUCCGAACUUCUUUCAGAUCUUCUCGAGUCUCAAAGUCCGGACUCAUUUGAUGACACCGAGAAGAUAGGAAGCCAGCUUUCUCUCCUGAACACCGCCUCUAACUACGCAAAGGAACUCAGGUCCAAGGCUGACUGUGUUGAAUUCCUGCAGCAGUAUUCCAGUGUCACCGAUGCACUACGGAGUUUGAUAGAAGUCGAGAAUGGUGAUGCAGAGGUUUCCAGGAAAGGUGUCGUGUUUCAGGAGGCGUACGUAGCUCUAGCACACAAGCUGAUCAGUAGUGUCGGACAGCUUAACUCUGUGACCUUUCGUCCAACUGCCAGUUCAGACAAGGAUGAAGUUACCAUUAAACCCUUUGAUAACAUUCCAGCACCAUCCAUUGAAUCUUCUGUAACUCUAACUGGAGAUAUUUUCCCAAAAGAUGCUAACAGUUGUGAUCUGAAAUGUUUACCGGAAGAUAGAGUAAUUCUCCUUCAGACGUCUGAUAUAAUUGUCAAAAUUAAUUGUCCUUGUCUUCACUUUGACCAAGCGACCAUGUUUGCAGACCGAUCAGUACUAGCUGAUGCUCUGAUGACAAAUCGUCCACCAGAAGAACCUCUCCCACACACCGGGUGCAGACUCAAGUCGUACCCAGGAGCCCUGGCAGACAGGGCGGUAUGCGGGUAUGCAAUAAUCAACCCCAGCUGGCCAGUCUCACCCCGGGGGAAGCACAUGUGGGUGACAAAAGUGACCACCAGUCUCAAACAAAAAGUACCAGACAACAAGAUGGUGUUCGAGGCCGCCCUCACGGAAAAACCUUUAGACGCCAGAUUCAGUCAACGCAUUGGGUCGAGUGUGGUUCUAGCUGGCUGUGAGCAGCACCACUCGCUGUGUGUGAAGGUGAAGUAUAACGGCAAGGUCCUGGCUCACAUACCCAGUGGGAAGAAUAAAGCCUCAGAGAAGGGACACUUUGACAUGGGGUACGUCCUGGAUCUUGACAACACAUCACUGCACGUCUUCAACAUGCUGUCAGGACAGUGCAUCUUCUCUAUUCACGAUAUCGAUGUUACGAAACCUCUGUGGCCGGUUUUCUGUGUUGGUCGGUUCACAUUCGCAGACAUCAAACUGAGGCUGGUUAGUGGGAGCAGUGUCAGCGUGCCGGACGGUGUCUGCACCAUCUUGAAAAGCAUGUACGAAGAUGACAAAUGUAGCACUUUAACCUUCACCGUUGAAGAGCCAUCUUCUGUGAAAUGAUGGAAAUACAAAGGAAACUAGUUAUUUUAAAUACAUUUUCAAAUCUCCCAGUACAAAUGAUUUAUGGUCAUUGUUCGAUGAAAUGGUUAAUAUUCACUGGCCUUAAUUGUGGUGUAUUUUAGUGCAAGUGAAUUAUAUAUGCCAAAACUGAAAUGUUUUACAAUCUUAUUUAAAGAUAUGCCUGGUUACCUUUUGGAUUAAAAAAACCCCAAUGCUGCUCUUUGCCAUAAUGCAAUUUGACGUUAGCAAUACAUAAAUGACUGGUUCUCAGAAAACGUAUAUAUUUUUGUUUACUCAUAAUAGGCAUUUAGUUUGCUCUUGCUGAAGUUGACCUAUUUAAUGUAUAUGUGAUCUAUUAUAAAAUUAAUCUUGCUCAAUCUUUACAUAUAUAGACUUGAUUUUAUAGCGUGCAUUGCUAUUAGAUUUUACAGUUAACAGUUCUGUUAACGGAUUAUGUAUAUAUAUAUAUUCAUUUAGUUGAACAUUUAUUUGACAGAACUCAUUUAAGUUGUGUUUUAUAUUAGUUUUGCUUUCAUGUAUGUUAACUUAAGAAAUUGUAAAUGACAGAAAACCAAAAUAAACGUAGCUUGAUCAUAAUUUGAUUUCUAUGGAUUAUUUCCCUUCAGAAACUGGUUUGAAUUUUUUGUUUGUGUGUGUGUGUGUGUGUGUGUGUGUGUGUGUGCGUAUGUAUUAAAAUAACAUGCAUAAUGCAAUAAAGAUAUUUAGUUUUUGAACUUUUGACAUGUGAAACAGUGAAUGCGUUGAAUACUUAUUUUUGAAUCGUAUCAUACGAACCAACUUUACAAAUAAAAGUUUUUAAAAAAUCACGUUCGUGGUGCAUGGGUGAUACACAAUAUAAUACAUGGACUAUGUACAGGUAAUAUAAUAUGCCAUGCAUUCUAUUUUGCUAUUAUUUUAGUGUGAUACACGUUUUAUUAAAAUAAAUAUAAUUUAUUUACAA